AAGGUAUUUAUAUGAACUAAUUGGAUUAAGUUCUUGAUAGGAAGUAACCUUUUUACUGAGUAUUAAGAUAGAUCAUAGGUGAGACUAACACUUGUUUUUUUCAGACAGAUGAGCUUAUCAAUUGAAACAAUCUGUGCUGUCCAAAAAAAGGUAACUGCAAAUUAAAUAUUACUAAUGGUGACUUGAAGUAAACUACAUGAUCACAGUAGUAAAACCAGCUUCCCGUUAAGUUUUAUUUCACAUUGAAUAAUCAUAUCCAGCUGGGGACAGACAAAGCUAGUACAGUCACCAUUUAAAUAAGAAACAAGUAAUUUAUUCUCAUGGAGAAGAUUCCUAGAUGGCUUUGAUUUCAUCCAUAACCCUGUCUUCUCUUGGAAGCAAACAUAGAAAACAUCAAUUUUUGUAAGCAAAAGCAAGGAUAUAUCCUUCCAGUACAACAGAAAGAAAUUCCAGGGCCAGGGCUUGGAUAUUCGAAUAUACGCUUGAAUUUACUUCCAGAGAUGCUUGCUUGGAUUGACCACCAACCUCUCCUCUACGAUUUUCUUUAAACCAUCUUCUUCAAUUGUUACACAGAAGCAGUUCAUUAUCAAUGUGAAGGAACUGAUUUUUUUUGGGCUUGUUCUUCUUUUUUCUCAUAUUUCUUCUGAUAUUAUCUCUUGUUUCUGAUAUAGUCUACAAAUUAAAACUUUUAGAAUCAAAAAGAAUACUGAACUAGAUUUCAUAUUGCUAAACUGUAUAAAAGUUUUAAACUGCUGAUGCCUUCCUGGGCCAAAUGCUUUAGAUUUCAUAGAACCAAAAUUAUAACUGCAAAGCUCUUUAAUUAGCAGAAAACUGAAAGAGCAUCUGACACAAGUAAACUCCGUGUAUUUGAAAAUUUUUGUAUAUCUUCUACUUGGUUUUGUUUUUUCGAACAUAACAUCACACUGUAAAAUAGUUGUGACAAGUUCAACCAUAGUAAUCAUGACAACAGGAGCUGAAAGAGUGGUGGUGAUCCUGGAUGCAUCAAAGGAACUAAGUCUGAGCACAAUCAGAUGGCCCCUGCUAGGCUUAUCACUUAAGUCUGGAGACAAGCUUAUAAUUCUUGGAAUUAUUCACCAGGUUAAUAAUCCUAGUAUGUUAUCUUUCAUGGGAGCUGGAAAACUCAUGGGGUUUAGAACCAAGUUGGAUCCCAGUUCAAUGUUUGGAACAAACAAAAAGAUCACUGGAGAAGAAACUGAAAGAAAGAAAGAACAGUACCAAAAGAAUGCUGAGAUAGAGAAAAUAUCCAAACAAUGCAAAAACGAGCAGAUAGAAUUCCGGGUAGAGAUGCUAGCUGGUUCUUCUUUAAAGGUAGUUGCUUCAAGAGCUGUGAGAAGAUUUCAUGCAACAUGGUUAGUACUUGACAGGCACAUGAAGAAUGAUGAGAGGUACUUUGUAGAGAACCUAUCAUGUAAUAUGGUAAGGAUAAAGAAAGAUAACAAAGUUAAAAAGUUAAGAGGACCGGCUGGAAGGGAUGACCGCAAACCGCCUGCUGCGAGGAAAAGCAUCGUAACAUAUGCUGAAAUGAUUCCCGCAACUAGCCCCAGCAAAGUACAGCCUCCUCGAAAAUUUCAAAGUGUUCAGAACAGCAUCUCAGUGAAAGAACGAGGAGGUGAAGGUAGUGGAGAGCAACCGUGGCAUGGUAAUAGGAAAUCCACCUCACAUUCAGCUUCAACUUCCAGCCGUGCAAGUAAUAGAGCAUCAACUUCGGGUUAUAACGAGUCAAAGUACUCUUCCUCACAUUUUCAUGAUGAAGAACACACUACAACUAUAGCGCUGGAAACCGGAGGAGAGCUUUCCCCGAUAUCCAUCAAUGAAAGUGGAGACCAGAAAGACUUUUAUGGUCCAGAUGAAAAUCAGAAGCUACAUAACCACAAUGAUGAUUGGAUGGGGGGAAAUCCAGGGGAUCAGGAAUUAAAAAAUUCCGUUUGCUUAACAUGCAAUAAUAGAAGACCAAAGUUAGGGUCGAUGAGAGAAUUCAGUUAUGCAGAGCUUCAAGCUGCUACAGAGGGGUUCAAUGCAAAGAAUUUCCUAUCAGAAGGUGGAUUUGGCUCUGUCUACAGGGGAGAGAUAAAUGGGAUGAAGAUUGCUGUAAAGCAACAUAAAUAUAAUGCAAGCCUCCAAGGAGAGAAAGAAUUCAAGUCUGAAGUUCAGGUACUUGGGACAGCUAGAAAUGAGAAUUUGGUCAUGCUCGUAGGGUAUUGCUCUGAAAGAAACCACAGGUUACUUGUCUAUGAAUUUGUCUGCAAUGGUUCACUGGACCUUCAUUUAUCAAAGCACACGAGACAACCUCUUAGUUGGGAAAAGAGGGUGAAGAUAGCAUUGGGAGCUGCUAAGGGCUUAAAAUAUUUGCAUGAAAAAAAUAUCAUCCACAGAGACAUGAGACCAAACAACAUCCUAGUAACACAUGAAUUUGAGCCUCUGCUAGGGGAUUUUGGCUUGGCACGAACUCAACAUGAAGGCUCGGAUCAGUCAUCAGAGGCAAUAACAAGAGUUGUAGGAACUCUAGGAUACUUGGCACCGGAAUACGCCGAAUGUGGCAAAGUUUCAACCAAGACAGAUGUUUAUUCCUUUGGAGUGGUCUUGUUACAGCUCAUCACUGGAAUGAAGACGACAGACGAAAGACUUGGAGGGAAAAGUCUUGUUGGUUGGGCAAGACCACUACUAAAAGACCGGAACUACCCAGAUUUAAUUGACCCCAGGAUCCUAGAGUCGCAUGAUGUCCAUCAACUCUUUUGGAUGGUUCGAGUAGCUGAAAAGUGUCUAAGUAAGGAUCCUCGGAAGAGAUUAACAAUGGACAAGGUGGUUUAUGCUUUAAACUACAUAAUGGAUUGUGACAACAGUUGCUGCCUCAGAAACUUCUCACCAACACAAUCAGAUACAGUGAGCAGAGACUCGUGUGAGUCACAAGCACAACCUCCAAUAGAAACUACCUCAGUAAGUAGCCUGAGUCAAUUUAGUGAAAGACUUCCAGCAUCACUUUCCAUUUCAAGAAAAUCAAGUUCAUCCACCCUUUAUGAUGAACCAGCAUCCAGCAGUGGGAGUGGUCAUGAAAGAUAUCUAUGAUUUGAAGGCGGUUUCUUACCAUGACCCAAUCUUCUGAAUCAAUGGUGUUUCUCUUGGAAAUGAUUCGUGCUCCAUUCAUUCUUGUUCUUACAUGAUGUAUGAAUGAAUGAUGUAUCAAAUGUCAAUUAGGACCCUUUUUUGUUAUGAAGUUAAUCACUCUCAAGUCUCAAUGGAUAUUUAUUAUUCAAUCACCUUCAGGAACAUGAUUCAAUCACUCUCAGA